AUGGCUCGUAGGAAAAAGAAUCCAAAAAUAACGGAAACAAGAAACGGUGUUUUAAAUUACACCAAUUUUAUAAAAAGUUCGCACCCCGAAGAAUCAGCUUUUCCUGUCAAAGAAAACUACCUAAAGGAAUACCUUAUGUAUAAGGUUGAAACGGGCAACGUGCUAGCUAAAUCUUUGAAAUUGUAUAUAAUGAACAUUAAAGCUCAUAAUGAAGCACUUGGAUUUGGUUGGAAUAAUCGUGAUUUUGAUGCUAUUAUAAAAGAAGUUUGGAACAAAAUAGGUAUUCGAUAUGUUAAUCAAUAUUUUUUUAAUAAGUUUUAUGGAAACUUAACUUCUCCUUUGAACUCAGACAAUCCAAGUUCUCCUGAUAUUUGCUCUGGCAUUAAUAAUUCAGACGGCAUUCUCUUUCCAAUUGGUAAUGAUUCAGUUAUCCAAUAUAAUGCAGAAAUCAGUAAAAAUGUUUUAACGGAUAACAUUCCUUAUAAUCCGAAUUUCUUUUAUACUUAUGAUUUUGAUGCCUAUAAUACUGGAUCCAAUCAAUCUGAUACGCAAGAGCAAGAUAUUUUAUUGAAUGACAACG